GGCAAGAGGUGGCAAGACUUAACUCAUAAAUCAACUUAGAGCUAGUUGAAGAUCCAGUUAUAGUUUUUAACGAUCCCCCAUGAAGUGUGGAACAGAGUGCCUUGUUAAUUCAAUUAAUUGCAUUCGAUUUGGCAAAUCUUCGCCGCUGGGAAUAAUAACCAGCUGCACGAAAAACCAGUCCCACAGUUAUAUUAAAAAAUAAUUGGCUUAACAUAUAAAUGUCAUGUUUAGCUGAUUGAAAACCCAUACAUGUGGUUCAAAAUCUAGCGAAUGAACUCUGAAAUCAGAUUACAAGUAAAGAGAACUCUUCCCACGUGUGCAAGUGAUUAAGAUCGAAGGUGCACAGAGGAAAAUAAUAAGAUAUCUUUGAAAAACUAAAUAUUUAUAAUCACAAAGAAUGAAAUACUUUUGUAUAAUGACUUCAUUUUAAUCAUUUUUUUAGCUCAAGAACUAUUUGUAGAUGAACAUAGCUUUCAAUAUUAUAAAAUAUUAAAAUAACUAUUUAUAAAAAGCAAAUAGUCUAAUGCUCUUAAAAACAAUAUUCAAUUUUUUUUAAUUGGUUUAAUACAUGGAUCUAAUCUAUUAUAUAAAUAGAUUAUAUGUAUCUUUUUAUUAGAUCUCUUCUUAUUUAUUUAAAAAUGAUCUAUGUUUUUCUCUGUUUAGUUUCCAUUAUGACGCUCCGCGAUGACUGUUUGCUUGAGCCUACCCAAAAUGGUCACAUUAACAUUAACGGACAGAUUGUCGGCUCGUUAGGUUUGAUUGGCUUCUGGCUAACAGCGAUCAGAAAUCCGCAAUAUGGCCAAAAUGCUGCUGUGUCGCAGCUGUUGUCAUUAGUUGUCCACAAGCGAGAUGUCAAAUGGCAAAUGAUUUGUGGGACGAUGUGGCUGGUGCGGCAAGUGAAUCGAAGAUGGAACCGAACUUGGAUCAGUGGCAACUGGUGGCUUAUUCCCCAGAGAGCACUUCGCAAUUAGCUUUACAUAACCUGACCCACUCAACGCGUUCGUGACCAAGGAAAGUCUGUGGGUACAACCAAGUCGUGUGGAAUUUUUGGUUAUUUUUUUUCGGGGACUCUCGGCCAUUAAAAGUGAUAGCUGAGAAAGUGCGAGGUUCCAGAAUAAUUUGGUCUGAAAUUAAUCCAGGUCAUAGGAGUCACGCCCAACCAAACCAAGUGGGAGCAUAUAAAAACACUAUCACUUGGAGGCCCAUCAGUCAGUUAUUGGUCAAAAUGUCAACCAUGUGGAUGUGUCUAGUCUUAGCCCUUUUGGGAUCGCAAACUAUUCGAGGAUCUCUCGCGGAUGUGUCCCAUUUUUUUGCUCCUCAAUUGGAUCAAUUUGAAAACUAUCUUCAUGGUCAAGUGCCCUUUCAAGUGGGACUAUCUCCUCCGAAUUUAUAUGGACCUCCAGCUCCAGCUCCGGUUCCUGUUACUCCUGCCCCUGUGGCUCCUGUUGCCACCACCGAAUUUAGUUUGCCGGAGAUUAUAGAGAAUCGCAGUGUCAAGUUUCAGGGAACUGGACACGGCAGUUUUAUACCUCUAAGUCAGCAUUAUCUGCCACCUGCUAUCGAGGAGCGCCCCAACUACGAAAGUCCUAAGCCAAGUGAGGAGAGUUAUCCGGCUUACUACUACCCCCAACCGCCUGCAGGCAGCAUCAUAACCACCUCCACACCCACAACUACCACUACUUCAAGACCCAUAAUUGUACAAGAUCCUGGAGAUGAAAUCGAGACUAUACACUCCCCAGGCUACGAUUACCAUGCCCCAGUGGCUCCAGUAUUCCCCCAAAAACCUUCGACACCUGCUCCCGUUUAUUUACCCCCCAGUGAAGGAGGAAAUCAGGAUCAAAACCAACUGAGACUCCGUCUCAAGGACAUGCGUUGCCUUUCGUCGGGUUAUUUUCGAGCUGUUCUCAAAUUGGACAGCUUUUUGGGAGCAGCACCCACUGUAGAUCAGGAUAAUGAUGAUCAGCCGGAUAAACGCUGUGAAAUGAAACUUUCCCGAAGUUUUCUGCUCUUGGAUAUUUCUGGCGAGGAUUUCGAGCGUUGUGGUGUGAAGUCCUGUGGCCAGGAUCUUUGUCUGCGUUUGCGCUUCCCCGCCAUCAGAGGGUUAAGGACCAGUGGAGACUCGAUCUUAACCCUGCAUUGCAAAACCCAAGAGCGAGUGGCAGUCAAAACGCAUGCCUUGAAAAUGGGUGUGGCUAAUGAUGUGCAAGCACGCAGUGGAGGCAGCUACGCCCAUGGUGGAAACCAAAAUGCCUUUCGCACCCAUGUGGAGUUAUUGAGAAAAGGAAGUACUGGAUAUACCCGACAUUUAGAGACAAAUGGUGCAGUCCAGUUGGGCGAGGAACUUUUACUCAGAGCUCAUGUUUUGGCGGGAGAUGGUUGGAACUACACCAAACUCAGUGAUGUCCAAUUGCAGAGGAUUGCAACUGGAGGAGAAGUACUCAACACUGUUCAGUUGGUCAGUUCGAGGGGUUGUCUGAAUCCCGCCAUGCAGGCAAUCUGCGCCCAUCCCCCAAUUUUGGAACCUCCUCUUGGCCAGAGACUCCAUUUCAAGGCGGUCAUGUUUCCGGGAAUGCGGAGUGGAGAGGUUUUGGUCAUUUCCAUGCGAAUUACAGGAUGCCUGGAACGCGAAGAUUGCCAAGUGACAAGCCAAGAUUGUUUGCCUUCUGUGGGUCAAAGAAGACGACGGAAUGUUUCGCAUGGAAAUAGUACAGAAGUAUCGGAACUAUCCCAUUUAACAUUCCGCGUGAUAAUGCCGACUGAAGAGGAUAUAUCACCAAAAGAUAUUGAUAUGAAGAAUGGAAAUUCGGAGGUCAGAGAAGUCUCCAAGUCACUAGCUCUCUUUGGCAGCCUGGGAUUUGUGGUGAUGCUUUUGGGUGUUGCCAUUGUGGCCUUAUAUAAAUUUGGAAAGUGAUAUCGAUAAAAUAUUAACUUUUUCUUAUGGCUAAAUAAAUCUUACAAGCACCCCGGUUUUUAAGAAGUGAAAUCUAAUGAAAUAUUUUAUGAAUUAGUAAUUUAGAAUUAGAAA